CAAGCAUUGUAAAUUAAUUGUUAAUAAUUAAUUAAGAGCCCGUAAUAGUAAUUAAUUAGCCAGUUUAGCAUCAUGAAGUGCUUGUUUAAUAGCAAAGUUGGUGUUUUAGUUCUAGUUUUGCUGGCCACCAGCGCAGCCAUAGCACUAGGCCAAGGCACGAGUGUGGGAUUCUACCAAUCCUCGUGUCCGGCGGUGGAGUCAAUAGUAAGAGCGACGGUGACGUCGCAUUUCCAGUCAGAUCCGACGGUGGCGCCUGGGCUGCUGAGGAUGAUCUUUCAUGAUUGCUUUGUGCAUGGUUGCGAUGCUUCGAUUCUCAUCACCGGUUCAAACUCUGAGAAAACUGCCCCUCCCAACCUAACUCUAAGAGGGUUUGAGGUCAUAGAUGAUGCUAAAACAAAGCUCGAAGCUGCUUGCCCGGGCAUCGUUUCGUGUGCCGACAUUCUUGCUCUUGCAGCCCGUGAUUCCGUUGUGCUGACGGGAGGGUUAAGUUGGUCUGUACCAACGGGACGGAGGGAUGGGAGGGUGUCAUUGGCGUCCGACACGGCUAAUCUUCCGAGUUUCACGGACACCGUUGACGUCCAGAAGCAAAAGUUUCUAGCCAAAGGCCUCAACACUCAAGAUCUCGUAGCUCUCGUCGGGUCACACACAAUAGGGACAGCAGCUUGCCAGUUCUUCAACUACAGACUAUUCAAUGCCAGUGCAGACCCUGCGGUAGACCCAUCAUUCCUCCCCAAGCUUCAGGCACUCUGUCCCCAAGGCGGCGAUGGCAACAAGCGGGUGGCUCUCGACGACGGCACCGUCAAUAACUUUGAUAACUCAUAUUUCUCUAAUCUCCAAAAGGGUCGUGGGGUUCUUGAAUCUGACCAGAGACUGUGGGCCGACAUCUCUACCAAAACGUUCGUUCAACGAUUAUUGGGCCUCCCAGGGUUCUUUGGGCUAAGGUUCCCCCUUGAGUUUGGGCGGUCCAUGGUGAAAAUGACUAACAUUGAGGUUAAAACUGGGAGUGAUGGUGAAAUUCGCAAAGUUUGCUCUGCUACUAACUGAUCGUACGUGCAUAAGGGCUAGGGGAUUUUAUAUCUCAUAUUGAUGUGAUGAUUUAGCAUUUUACCAUUUUAAUCAUCAUAUCUCAUUAUUAAGCAUCUUGUAUUUCUUUUUGGUACGUUUCUAAUUAUUGGUUCAUCUAUCCCUUUUAGUAAGUUUUUCAAUCAAAAUACAUUUUUACCCUCACUUUUA